AUGAAGUACGACGGAACCAAAGAUCCCCAGGAACAUCUAACGGCCUUCGAGGCCAGGAUGAACUUAGAAGGAGCAGCCGACGCGGUCCGAUGCAGGGCCUUCCCAGUAACCUUAGUUAGACCGGCAAUCAAAUGGUUCAAUGCCCUCCCAAACGGAUCCAUAGCCAGUUUCCACGACAUAACGCGAAAGUUCAUGACCCAGUUCACGACCAGAAUCACUAAAGCCAAACACCCCAUCAGCCUACUAGGGGUCAUGCAGAAACAAGAAGAAUCCACAAGGAAAUACCUCGACCGCUUCAACGACGAAUGCUUAACGGUCGACAGACUCACGGAUUCCAUCGCAAGCCUCUGCCUAACCAACGGGCUCAUGAACGAAGACUUUCGCAAACACCUAACCACCAAACCAGUAUGGACCAUGCACGAGAUCCAGAACGUCGCCAAAGAUUACAUCAAUGACGAGGAAGUCAGCCAAGUCGUCGCCGCCAAUAAACGGCAACACGGCAACGCCCAACACAGCAACUCGGCGCCCCGACAUAACCCACCACCUAAAGAAAAUCAAAGGGACCACCCCAAACUGGCAAACACAAACCGACCACCAAGAAUCGGCAAAUUCUCUAAUUACAUGCCCCUGACAGCACUAAUUAUCGAGAUAUACCACCAGAUUGCAGAUCGAGGCAUCAUCCCAAAAGCCCGACAACUCAAAGAAAGAACAGGCGGCAACAAAACCCUUUACUGCGACUACCACCGAGGUUACGGGCACAGAACACAAGACUGUUUCGACCUUAAAGAUGCCCUCGAACAAGCCACAAGAGACGGCAAGCUCCCAGAGUUUGCCAAAAUCAUCAGAGAACCAAAACGUGCAGAAAGAGACAGGUCGCCAGAAAGAGAAGGGCGCAACCCAAGAGCGCAAAAACAACCCCCUAGGGAAAGCCCAGAGGAAGACCCAACCAUCAUAGUAAACGUCAUCACAGGCAAAGACAUAUCGGGCAAGUCAAAAUCAACACUGAAAAAAGAUCUCAAGGUCAUGGCUGUCAGAAACCAAGCCCCUACCACUUUGGCCGACAAUACGAUAACCAUCCUACCCUAG